AAAACAAAAACAAAAAGCAACAAAAUCAGCAACUAAAACUCGAACAAAUUCAUAAGGAAAUUCGUACCCAGAAAAACAGUUGAUAGAUCGUGUGUCCAAACAUCGAAAAUAAAAAAAAAAAAAAAGUAAAACUCAUUCAGAACCAAAAGGAAUCGAACCACAUUUACCGGCUUCCAAAGAACGAUUCUCAAGUGUUUUUUCGCCGUCUCUCCAAAAACGUCUCGAUUAAACUCUCAACCGGCAGGAACUCUCGACGAUUCUCAGUUUGUUAUUUGUUUGAACUUGUUUGCCCUCCCACAACACAAUAUCAUCAUCAGUCCGUUUUAGUUCUUAACGAAAAAAGUAACAAACUAUAUAUUUAACAAAAACUUUUAAGAAAAUAUAAAACAUUACGAACAAAAUCGCGAAGAAAUUGAAUAAAAAAGACACUAGAUGAACAAAGACACAAGUUACAAAAUUCAAAUGUAAAAUCAAAAGUACAAAGCAAAAAGAUUGUUGGCAACAUUUUUAUAAGUAUAUAUACGUAUUAUUAUGAUUUGUAUAUAUUUUUUAUACGAACUCGAAACUACAGAGUCCAAAAAUCAAUUUUGAUACGCAGAAUUGCUCAUGUGAUGCUCCGAAUCCUCCGACGGGUUACACCAUAUCGAGAAGUUAUCCAAUGAGAAAGCCGCUUAAAUUUUGGAGGAUCUAUGAUGGACGACAGAGAAAAAUAAUGCUUUGUUUGUGAAAGAUUUUUGAGCGCAAGCAAGGAUUAUUAAAACGAAAACCAAGCCAAACCAAACUAAAAAAACAAACCCAAAAACGACAAAAAUUGACAAAAUACGAAUAAAACGAAUAAAAAUCUCAAAAUUCGGGCAAAGCAUCGAAAACACACUUUUGAGAAUCAAAAAUCAAAGCGAAAGUAUAAAACACAACAAACUGGAAAGGAGCAGAAAGGACCUAGAGAACGAGUACGAGAAGGGGAGUAAAACGAAGGGAAAUACAAAUCAAAUCUAAAUAAAAUUAAAUGCAAAGGACAUUCGCAUGUGUGUGGUGGUGGAAAGAAAAUUCAAAACAAAAUUCACAAUUAGAAAACGCAGGAAAAAACGUAGAAAACGCAGACACAAAUCGAGCGGCAACCAACUGUCAACAGCGGCAAGAAUUUUGAACUGGAACAUUUCGACCAAAAAGUUGGGCGACAGCAAAAUUUCAACGUUUGGCGCACUACAACAGCAACAACAACAACAACACAGCAGCAGCAAGGACAUCGCGGCCAGGCAGCCAGGAUUGCAGGAUUGCAGGAGCGAGCGGUUUUGAAAGCGCAGCACACAUCGAUAGGCCCCUUCUUCUUCUACUUCUUCAUCUCCCUUACACGGACCUAGACUCAGGCAAGGAUACGCUUAGAAAGCUAGAAAGCCUUAGCCAGACUUAAACUUGAAAUCACGCAUACGCCGCGGCGAAUUCUCGCGCUCGCUCUCCCUCCCUCUCUCUCUCACUCACUCUCUCUCGUUGACCAAAACGAAGGGGAAAAGCCCGGAGAAAAUUCAGCCAAUCCGAAGAAGCGGAGAGGGUGACGACUUAGGGUUGCUGAGGGGAAAGCAAGGCAAGCAGGGAAGGCAGCGAAAGCGGAGAAAGCAGGGAGAGAGCUGCUGCUGCUGGUGGGCAUCAUCUUAUGAUGUCAUCGGAGGAGUACGAGGCGGACUGUUUUGGUUUGUACAGCGAUGAGAACAACGUGCUGCUGAAGGCAACCGAGCCGGAGACAAUUGUCAAGCUACAGCAACACCAGCAACAUCUGCAACAGCAACAGCAACCACCGCCGAGCAACCACAGCAACGGUCACACGUCACCAAUACCCAUACAAGUCAACGGCGACGGCAGCGCGGCGAAUUGCGGCGAGAGCGCCAAGACCACCAAUACAAAUACAACCAGCAGCACCCAUACAGAGGCAGACAAGGACCAAGAGAGAGAGAAGGCAAAGGAGAAGGCCAACGAAGAGGAGGCCGCCGAGUCCGACGAUUCCGACGACGACGUCGUGGUUGUGCUCGAAGGCUGCGAAGGCAACGCCAGCAGCAGCAGCAACAGCAAUAGCAGCAGCAACAACAGCAGCAACGCCAGCAGCAACAACCACAAGGCAGCAACCACGACGACGACAGCAGCAACAACGACGACGACGACGACGGCGGCGAACGCGAAUCGCAGUGGCAGUCGCAGUCAUCGCAGCGCCCGCAGUAGUCGGCAAAUCAGUCAGUCAACGGCCGUCGGCAAGACAACAACGUGCGCGGCUAAAAAACCAACAGCAACACAGGCCCAAGCGCCCACGCCAAACACAGUUAAGAACACGAACGUAAAUAACGGUGGCUCAAACGGAAACGGAAACGCGAACAGUAAAGUGAAUAGUCGUCGUUCGCGUCAGAGAUCCUUGAGCAAAGACAUUGCCAUUAACAUAAACCUAAACAAUCAGCAACAGAACAGUAAUAGUAAUAGCAACAGCAAUAGUAGCAACAACGGCGGAGCAACGGCAACCGCUGCUGGCUUCAUGAGUAGCGCUGCCGCGGCUGCUGCGGGUGCCGCUGGUGGAGGAGCCCUGUUCCAACCACAAUCGGUCAAUAGCUCGGUUAAUAACAAUAAUAAUAGCAGCAACAACACUUUGGGCACUCCGGCUGCCACAACCACCCACUCGCACACCCACUCGCCCAGCAGCAACUCACCCGUUUCGGGCGCCAGUUCGGCAUCGUCCUUGUUGACGGCCGCCUUUGGCAACCUGUUUGGUGGCUCCUCGGCCAAGAUGCUCAACGAGCUGUUUGGCCGCCAAAUGAAGCAGGCCCAGGACGCAACGAGUGGCCUGCCCCAGAGUCUGGACAACGCCAUGCUAGCCGCCGCCAUGGAGACGGCCACCAGCGCCGAGUUGCUCAUCGGAAGCCUGAAUUCCACGUCCAAGUUGCUGCAGCAGCAGCACAACAACAACAGCAUUGCUCCCGCGAACAGUACGCCGUUAAGUAAUGGCACAAAUGCCUCGAUCUCGCCGGGAUCGGCCCACAGUUCCAGUCACUCGCAUCAGGGUGUCUCUCCGAAAGGAAGUCGCCGUGUCUGCUGCAGUGAUCGCUCCUUGGAGGCGGCAGCAGCCGAUGUUGCUGGUGGCUCACCACCUCGGGCAGCCUCAGUGAGUUCCCUAAAUGGAGGAGCAAGCAGUGGGGAGCAACACCAAUCGCAACUGCAACACGAUCUGGUGGCCCAUCAUAUGCUGCGGAAUAUCCUGCAGGGCAAGAAGGAGCUGAUGCAACUCGAUCAGGAGCUGCGCACGGCCAUGCAACAGCAGCAGCAGCAGCAACAGCAGCAGCAACUCCAGGAGAAGGAGCAACUGCACACGAAGCUCAACAAUAAUAACAACAACAAUAUUGCUGCCACCGCCAACAACAAUAACAACACCAUGGAGAGCAUCAAUCUGAUCGACGAUUCGGAAAUGGCGGACAUCAAGAUCAAGAGUGAGCCGCAGACAGCUCCUCCACCGCAGCAAUCCCCGCAUGGCAGCAGCCACAGCAGCCGGAGUGGGAGUGGCACUGGAAGCCACAGCAGCCUGGCCAGCGAUGGCAGUCUGCGACGCAAGUCCUCCGACUCCCUGGAUAGCCAUGGGGCACAGGAUGAGGUGCAGGACGAGGAGGAUGCGGCAGCCAAUCGUUCGGAGAGCCGGGCUCCCGAGGAACCCACCCAGCUGCCCACCAAAAAAGAGUCCGUGGACGACAUGCUCGACGAGGUGGCUCUGGGCCUGCACUCGCGCGGCUCCGAUCUGGAGAGCCUUGCCUCGCCCAGUCACUCGGACAUGAUGCUGCUGGACAACAGUAAGGACGAUGUCCUGGACGAGGACGACGACGAUGAUUGCGUGGAACAGAAGCGCGACUCCGGCAGCGGCAGUCUCAAGAAACCGGGCAUGGAUCUGAAACGAGCCCGUGUGGAGAACAUUGUCUCCGGAAUGCGAUGCAGUCCGUCCUCUGGCUUGGUCCAGGCUGGACAGCUCCAGGUGAAUGGCUGCAAGAAGCGCAAGCUCUACCAGCCACAGCAACACGCAAUGGAGCGAUAUGUGGCCGCCGCAGCUGGCCUGAACUUCGGCCUCAAUCUGCAGAGCAUGAUGCUCGACCAGGACGACAGUGAGUCCAACGAGCUGGAGUCUCCACAAAUCCAGCAGAAGCGCGUGGAGAAGAAUGCCCUCAAGUCGCAGCUGCGAUCCAUGCAGGAGCAGCUGGCGGAGAUGCAGCAGAAGUAUGUGCAGCUGUGCUCGCGCAUGGAGCAGGAAUCCGAGUGCCAGGAGCUCGAUCAGGAUCAGGAUGUCGAGCAGGAGCAGGAGCAGGAACAGGAGCCCGAUAAUGGCAGCAGCGAUCACAUCGAGCUGUCGCCCUCGCCCACUCUGACUGGAGAUGGAGAUGUAAGUCCCGCCCACAAGGAAGAGGUGGGUCAGGAGCGACCUGGUUCCAGUUCGCCCUCACCUUCUCCUCUGAAACCCAAGACCUCGCUGGGCGAGAGCGGCGACUCCGGUGCUAACAUGCUAUCCCAGAUGAUGAGCAAGAUGAUGUCCGGCAAGCUGCACAAUCCUGUAGGCGUGGGCCAUCCCGCCCUGCCACAAGGAUUCCCACCGCUGCUGCAGCACAUGGGUGAUAUGUCGCAUGCGGCGGCCAUGUACCAACAGUUCUUCUUCGAGCAGGAGGCGCGCAUGGCCAAGGAGGCCGCCGAGCAGCAGCAGCAGCAACAACAGCAGCAGCAACAACAACAGCAGCAGCAGCAACAGCAGCAGGAGCAGCAGCGACGAUUCGAGCAAGAGCAACAGGAGCAGCAGCGACGCAAGGAGGAGCAACAACAGCAGAUCCAGCGCCACCAGCAGCAGCUGCAACAGUUGCAACAGCAGCAGAUGGAGCAGCAACAUGUGGCGGUCACUGCCGCACCAAGGCCGCAGAUGCACCACCCGGCACCCGCCCGCCUGCCCACGCGAAUGGGCGGGGCAGCGGCCCACACCGCCCUCAAGUCGGAGCUGUCCGAGAAGUCAAUGCUGCGCGCCAACAACAAUAGCUCGAUGAUGCGCAUGUCGGGAACAGACCUCGAAGGACUAGCCGAUGUGCUCAAGUCCGAGAUCACCACCUCGCUGUCCGCAUUGGUGGACACCAUUGUGACCCGGUUCGUCCACCAGCGGCGACUGUUCAGCAAGCAGGCGGACUCCGUGACCGCGGCGGCCGAGCAACUGAACAAGGACCUGCUGCUCGCCUCCCAGAUCCUAGACCGGAAGUCGCCGCGCACCAAGGUGGCGGACAGGCCAAACGGACCCACGCCCGCAACACAAUCAGGUAAUAAUGGUUCACUACUCCUAGCUAAUAGUCAAAUGCCCUCCCAAGCGCCUGUGUCGAGUGGUGGGUCGAAUGGGCAGCAGCAACAGCAGCAGCAGCAGCAACAGAAUGCCCAGCAGCAACAUGCGAGUGCGCAGCAGCAGCACAACAGACACGCAGCAGCAACACACCUGCAACAGCAGCAGCAACAACAGCAAUCGCAUCCCCUGCUGCCGCCCAACUGCCAACAGCUGAUCUGCCCCCGCCUAAAUGGCAGCCAGUUAUCCUUCGCCUCGCCCGCCGCUGCUGCAGCCGCUGCAAUGGGUCUGCAGAUGCACCAUGCCGCCGCAGCAGCAGCAAUGUCCGCCCAGCAGCAGCAGCAGCAGCAACAGUCGGUUGAUCCCAAUGCGAAUACUAACCCAAACAACGGGCCAGCUGGGCCGAACCCCACUAACAAUAGCUUAAGUACCCUUAAUAUACCGCCUCCUCACAUUCGUCCUUCGCCCACAGCGGCUGCCAUGUUCCAGGCGCCCAAGACGCCGCAGGGCAUGAAUCCGGUGGCCGCCGCCGCUUUGUACAACUCGAUGACCGGACCCUUCUGCCUGCCGCCCGAUCAGCAGCAGCAGCAGCAGACCGCCCAACAGCAGCAACAGUCCGCCCAGCAGCAGCAGCAGCAAAGUGUGCAACAGCAGACGCAACAGCAGCUGGAGCAGAACGAGGCGCUCAGCUUGGUGGUGACCCCGAAGAAGAAGCGCCACAAGGUGACCGACACCCGCAUCACGCCGCGCACCGUCAGCCGCAUUUUGGCCCAGGAUGGUGUGGUGCCGCCCACCGGAGUACCUCCAACCACGCCCCAGCAGCAGCAGCAACAGCAACAGCAGCAACAACAGCAACAGCAGCAACAACAACAGCAACAGCAGGCUGCGAACGGCGGCAACAGCAAUGCCACGCCCGCCCAGAGUCCGACGAGGAGCAGUGGAGGAGGAGCCCCGUACCACCCACAACCGCCGCCACCACCACCACCCAUGAUGCCCGUGUCCUUGCCCACCUCCGUGGCCAUUCCCAAUCCCUCGCUGCACGAGUCCAAGGUCUUCUCGCCGUACUCGCCGUUCUUCAAUCCCCAUGCAGCCGCUGGCCAGCCCACGGCCGCUCAACUGCAUCAGCACCACCAGCAGCACCACCCGCACCACCAGCCCAUGCAGCUGUCCUCCAGUCCGCCGGGCAGUCUGGGCGCCCUCAUGGACUCCCGCGACUCGCCGCCGCUGCCCCACCCGCCGUCGAUGCUCCAUCCCGCCCUCCUGGCAGCCGCCCACCAUGGCGGAUCGCCGGACUACAAGACCUGCCUGCGGGCCGUCAUGGACGCCCAGGAUCGCCAGUCCGAGUGCAACUCGGCCGACAUGCAGUUCGAUGGCAUGGCUCCUACUUCUUCUACAUUGACACCGAUGCACCUGCGCAAGGCCAAGCUGAUGUUCUUCUGGGUGCGCUAUCCCAGCUCCGCGGUGCUCAAGAUGUACUUCCCGGACAUCAAGUUCAACAAGAACAACACAGCACAAUUGGUGAAAUGGUUCUCGAACUUCCGAGAAUUCUACUACAUACAAAUGGAGAAAUAUGCACGACAAGCUGUCACCGAAGGCAUCAAGACACCCGAUGAUCUGUUGAUUGCUGGAGAUAGUGAAUUGUAUCGCGUGCUCAAUUUGCACUACAAUCGCAAUAACCACAUUGAGGUACCCCAGAAUUUCCGCUUCGUGGUCGAAUCGACUCUGCGGGAGUUCUUCCGUGCAAUACAGGGUGGCAAAGACACCGAGCAGUCGUGGAAGAAGUCCAUAUACAAGAUCAUCUCGCGCAUGGACGAUCCCGUGCCCGAGUACUUCAAGUCGCCCAAUUUUUUAGAGCAGCUGGAAUAAGUGGAGGAGUUGGCGCUGCCGACGCUGCCGCUGCCGUUGCCGCAUCCGCUGGGAAUGCCACCGCCCAUCAGUCCGGCCACCACCACCAUCUGCAGCAGCAGCACCACCAGUACCACCACUACGGGCACCAACUCCAGGGCCGGCAGCAGCCAUCCGAAGGCGAGGCGCAGGCCAAAGCUAAAAGGCUAAACCUGCGCAGGAAACACGACUGGAUAUGACCAACUCCCCAGCCAAAGAACAAAAAUCAGAAAAAAAAGAACAAACAGUAUCCACACACAGAGAAAAAUGAAGGGAACUUAGACAUAGCUGAGUGAGAAACACCGAGUCGAAAACGCGUUUAGAAAACACAUUGAGCAAAAUAUUUUUUCAAAAAUUUCCAAAAACCACACAAACUACACACCCAAAACAUCACACAACCUCAGCGAAAGAAGAGCGACAAGAUUAUGAAGAAAGUGGGCCAGGAGAUCCUAAUCUCCCCGGCAGACAUUUAAAAAAACCAAAACUAUACAUAGAGCAGCAAGUCUUAAUCUAAUAAUGUGAAAUAGUGCAAAUUGAAAGAGAACCUGAGCCACACACCUGAGAACACCCCGUACACACCGAGCGUAAUUUACAGGCAGUGUAAACUGUACUCGCCGUUGGUUUGUUAGUUGAAAUUUUUUUGAAAAUAUUUACGAUUACUAUACGUAUGAAUAUUUAACAAAUAGUUGAGCCGUCUAAUGAUCUACCGAAAGUUGACACACAUUCCACAGAAAAAACAAAAAAAAAACAAGAUACACCAAUACAUUCCACGCACACACACACACACGCUCGCAACGGUACAAAGUGUGUGUUCAUUUGAGAGAGAGCGAAAGUCGCUCAGCCAAACAGGAAGUGGACAUCAUUGCACUGCUUGGCCGACCGACUUUCCGGUAAGCAGUUUCCGCCGCUCAGUUGCACACUGCUUUACAAAAGCAGGCGCAGCUCCGUCGGCCGGAAAUCGGGAAUUAAUCUUAAAAGUUUAAAAGUCACCCGAAAGCUAAAGUUGCUAUAUCCCCUAUAACCCCCCUUUUAAGCGCUAAGCAUAUAUUCGAUGUCUAUUAAGCGAAAGUAAAAGCAAAAAAUCACAAAAAAAAGUUAAGAAAUUGCGAAAACUAUUUAGAUUUUUAAUCAAAGAGAGAGCCAGAGUUAUGUAUUUGUACGAACAGCGGGCGUUAGGGUAGUUAAAUUUACCAAUUUAUCAUUUACAAUACGUUAUGCGAACCUUCGACCAAAGUUAAUUGUUAACAUGAAUCCCUUAAGUGCGGUUUAUUUUUAAUCAAUUCUUAUACUUUAGUGCCCCACCUUUGAGCACGCAUCUUAAUUUUAUAGUAUAAUCAACAUAUACACUGAACACCCCACCAACACAACCACACACACACACACUAGUCUGUUAUUUAUGUAAAUAAUUUAUACGUUUAGUUAAGUUAACGUUUAGUUUAAUUAAUUUACUUUACUUGGCCUUGAGUUGCAACAAAACAAAAUAUACACGAAACACCAAAAAUAUCAAUUAAAAAUAUGGUUUUUUCUUUCUCUUAAUUUUUAAAACAUAUAUAUUAUAUAUACAACAAUUUCUGGCUGGCUGAGAUCGAUCAUGCACUUCUCACUCAUCAGCACAGCAGACACAGCAUGGAAAGUGGGCGGGUUUAGAGGGAUAUG